GAAGAAUUAGAUACCACUGCAUGCGCUGUGGCAAGUCGUACACCAUGAAAUGCAAUUUACGCAGGCAUCAAAGAGUGGAAUGUGGAAAAGCCAAAACUAAUGUGUGUUUCAUAUGUAAAAAGAGCUAUUACUACAGACAGGAACUGAAUAUACAUAUGAGUGUGAAACAUAGACUUUUACAUAACAUAUUAAUGUCCAGGAGAUCUGUAGAUUAGUAAUUCCGGAUAUAAACUGCCUGUAAAUGUUCAGAGGGGUGAGAAUUGGCAACAAAGUGACAUGAAGGGACGUAUUUGAGAUUGGGAGCAUCCAAAACUUGACAAUUAUCAUUUUUGUUCAAUUAUUUUUAAUAUCUAGUUUCAGUAUUAAAAAACUCGAUUGAAAAUUUUGAUUUUUCAGGUUACCAAGUGUCUAAGUCAGAUAUGUAAUUACAAGAUCCCAGAAUUAGUUUUUAGUUUUUAAAGUAUUGUUAUUCAAUUGUUAGUGACCCUCUAUGCAUAUGGACUAUUCCGUAUGAGUUUCUGUGCAUUGGAGUUUGUAAUUUUUAUGGUUUUAUAAACCAAAAAUGGCUAACUUUAGAAGGUAGACACAACGACCGUUAUUGUUCAGAAUGACCCAAGAAACCUAAAGAAGUUCCAAAGUUGAAGCACUGUCUGAAGUUUUUAUCUUAAUUCUUUUAAAUAUAAACAUGUCCAAAUUCACUUUGAUGUCACUUCAUACAACUAUACUCUUAAAAUAUUUACUAUUGUAUAUUUUUCAAACUUUAUUUAAAUCCGUUAUAGGGACACUAAUACCUAGUUUAUUACAGGUACUUUGUCUAUUUGUAAUGUUCAAUUAUAGCUGAAUCAAACUGUAUCCAGACACUAAAUCGGAUCAUCUUGUUUAGUACGUAAUCAUUCUGACAGCUAAAAUACCUUUUUAAAAAUUAUAGCUUGACAAACAAGAUAAACAUUCAGUGCUAAAUCUGUAUUGUAGCUUUAGAUUCUUAUCAAAGCAAUGCAUCCUUGAAUGCUUAUGUUAAAAUAUGUAUUAGAUCUCAAGGACUACGCAGAUAUUUUGUAGUUGUAAAAUGUAUAGCAAGAAAAAAUAAAAAUUGAUCAGACUGAAAGCACGCAAGAAUCAUAGCUUUUUAUACAGUAUUGUUUAUUCCAACAUGGCUUAGGAAAAAUUAAAACCUUCCUCUUCCCAACGCCCUCAAGUUUUCAAGUAAUCAUUCUGACAGCUAAAAUACCUUUUUAAAAAUUAUAGCUUGAUAAACAAGAUAAACAUUCAGUGCUAAAUCUGUAUUGUAGCUUUAGAUUCUUAUCAAAGCAAUGCAUCCUUGCAAGCUUAUGUUAAAAUAUGUAUUAGAUCUCAAGGACUACGCAGAUAUUUUGUAGUUGUAAAAUGUAUAGCAA